GGCUAUUGUUAUAGGUCUGGUUUGAACAUGAGGAGAAGAAUCCAAUCAGAAGUAAUUUCCUACCCGUUUUUAGAACGGUUACUAUUAGCCUAACGUUGUCAAACAUUCAAUUUAAGAAAAACGAUGUGAAGUCUGUUAUAAUUAUGCUUCAGAUGAGGUAGUUGACCGGUUAAUGAUGAAAAUAACGGCGCUAGGACCCGGAAAUAACCUGGCUCCUCCUCUCCUCCUUCUCCCCGGGAGCACGCGCUAGACGUUUGGGUCCUCUGCUCACCUGCUAGAGGAGCUCGCUAUCCCCUCAUACUAGCACAGCACCGGGGAGAGAAUAGGACUGGGUUGUGAUAAUCACGCAGGACGCUCUUUGUCUCUGUCUCGCUCUCUCCGCAGCCACGCUGUCUCGUUGGGCACCGAUCGCGCGUGUGCAGAACGUAGAAAUUGUCGCACGCCCGGAAUGAAAUUAAAACAUCGAUGGUUGGUUGGUGACGUUUCUGCUUCCUAAAUUUGGAUUAUUCGGGAUUCCUGGAUUCCUUCUUUUUUUUUAUAACACUCGCGAAUCCCAGGAAUAUCGAACCAGACGUGGCAGAGCGAGCCCAUAGCAACCGAUUCCCACCGUGAAGACACAUCCGCUGUUAAUCCACAGUCCAAGACAAAUCAAUGUCCUAGUAUUCAUCUAUUCUAGUUCAACAUAUACUUUCUAGACGGAGAACAAUGUCCUAGGCUACAACGUUUGAUUAUAGAAUGAACCUACAAUUUCUCCAUUUAGUCUACAAGGAAGUUGCCUGUCAUGUGGACGUGGGAUGCACUCUAGAGUGGUGUAUUGAUAGGUUAGAAAAUAGCCUACACCGUUUCUUCAGCAUCACGCUACAAUAGACCGGACAGAUGAUGAUGAUGAUGAUGAUGAUGCUACAGUAAGAUGCUGGUGUGACGUUGCUGGAUCUCUUUUCUCUCUCUAUACGCACCUCAUCAUCACCGCCCAGCCCAGCCCAGCCCAGCCCAGCGGCAGACAGACAGACGGACAGACAGACCUUCGGAGGAGGGCUGGACCGCUAUUGGCUACAGUAAAACCGCCAACCGAACAUGCUCACGUAGCAGCAGCAGCAGGAGCAGCACCAGUGGGUUAUCAAGGAACCGGUAAUCGCUAGGCUACAGACCAUGCCCGGUGUAACCUAUUAUAAGAGGAUGUUGACUGACGAGUUGUGAUUAUCGUGAAUAGAUGGACGGUUAGGCUGCUACCAGGAUCCCUUUUCAUUCUACCACAUGCUGAUGAUGACAAUGGAAUAAAAGAUUCGGUAACCGGGAGAAAAGAACUGUGAAUCUGUGUGAAUCCAUAGUUAACGGUAACCGCGAUGUCUCUCAACAAGACUAUCGAGCUGGAACAUUUCGAUGAACGGGACAAGGCUCGUCGUAGCCGAUCCACUCGCUCCACUGGUGCUUCUACCGGCGGGGGAUCCGGUUCGAGAGGCAGCAGCCUGGUGCCAAGCCCCGCGCACAGCGCCAACUGCAGCUACUACCGCACGCGCACGCUGCAGACACUCACCUCAGAGAAACGUGCCAAGAAGGUCAGGUUCUACCGGAAUGGGGACAGGUAUUUCAAGGGACUCGUGUAUGCGGUCUCUAACGACAGGUUCCGGUCAUAUGAUGCGCUGCUGAUGGAGCUGACCCGGUCCCUGGCGGACAACCUGCACCUGCCUCAGGGCGUGCGCGCCAUCUAUACGGUGGACGGGAUCAAGAAGAUCACUUCUAUGGAUGAACUGGCAGAGGGUGACUGCUACGUGUGUGCGUCCAACGAGCCCUAUCGUAAACUGGACUACACCAAGAUCAACAACCCAAACUGGAAGCCCGGUGUUACCGCUGGCACCUCUAGCGGUUCCCCUACUGUCCCUGGGACGCGGUCUGGGUCUGGCCCGGGCCCGGGCGGUCAACAGCUGGUCAGAGAGAGUAAUGACUUUAUAAAACCUAAGCUGGUCACGGUGAUUCGUAGUGGAGUGAAGCCGAGGAAAGCAGUCAGGAUUUUAUUGAACAAGAAGACGGCGCAUUCCUUCGACCAGGUUCUGGAGGAUAUCACCGAAGCUAUCAAACUGGACUCUGGUGCCGUCAAGAGGCUUUAUACACUGGACGGGAAACAGGUGACCAGCCUGCAGGACUUCUUCGGUGAUGAUGACGUGUUCAUGGCGUGUGGUCUGGAGAAGUUCCGGUACGCUCAGGACGACUACGCCAUCACACACAGCGGGAAGGCUGCCUCCGCGUUCGUCAACGACUCUAGGGUGAAAAUGUCUCGUUCCUCCACUCCUCUGAAGCCGUCGUCUCCCAAACCUUCCAGCGUGACCACGCCCAAAACCCCGCCCAGAACUCCACCCAGAACCAAAUCACCUGGCCCAGCCACUGAGGGGACAGGAAUUCAGGUGGGUGUGGCUAAGUCGGCGAGGUCAUGCCCCUCUCCUACCAGCCCGGGGACCCGACGCAACCUCAAGAUUUCUCCUCAUCCUGCCUCGUCAGAUGUGAACGGAGCAGCGAACCAGACAGAUGAUCUGAGCCCUGAAGUGAAUGGGAACAGGUCGGUCUCCUCCUCCAUCAUCAGUGACAAGUACAAGGUGGGGAAGAUCAUAGGAGACGGGAACUUUGCAGUUGUUAAGGAUUGUGUCGAGAGGUCGACUGGACAGGAGUUUGCUCUGAAGAUUAUCGAUAAAGCUCGUUGCUGUGGGAAGGAGCACCUGAUAGAGAACGAGGUGGCGGUGUUGAGGAGGGUCAGACACCCCAGCAUUAUACAGCUGAUUGAGGUCGACGACACGCCCACAGAGCUCUACCUGGUCAUGGAAUUGGUCAAGGGUGGAGAUCUGUUUGAUGCCAUCACAUGUUCUACUAAGUACACGGAGAGAGAUGCCAGUGCCAUGGUCUUCAACCUGGCCGGGGCGAUUCAAUACCUACACCGUAUGGACAUAGUCCACAGAGACAUCAAGCCUGAAAACCUGCUGGUGUGUGAGUACCUGGAUGGGACCAAGUCGUUGAAGCUGGGUGAUUUUGGUCUGGCUACAGUUGUAGAGGGACCCCUGUAUACAGUCUGCGGAACACCCACAUAUGUAGCUCCAGAGAUCAUCGCUGAGACUGGGUACGGUCUGAAGGUGGAUAUCUGGGCUGCAGGUGUUAUCACCUACAUUCUAUUGUGUGGGUUCCCUCCGUUCCGUAGUGAGAAUAACAUCCAGGAGGAGUUGUUUGACCAGAUACUCAGGGGGAAGCUGGAAUUCCCUUCCCCAGACUGGGACACAGUCAGCCUGCCGGCCAAGAUGCUGAUUGGUCAGAUGCUGCAGGUGAACGCGGACAUUCGUUAUUCAGCAGAGGAGGUUCUCUCACACCCCUGGGUUACGGACGAGGCCACUCUGGAGGGCAGAAACGUGAACACAGAGUCAUUAUCUUCAGCUACGGUGACCCCUGACCUUCCAGUGACCCCUACAACCCCGACCUUUGCCCCUAUGACCCCGGCAGCACAGAGUAGCCCCGUCCACAACAACACUACUAAUCCCAACACUAAAUCUGUUACCUCUGCUGAGGACACGUCCCAUUUCAUCCCCUAGGCAAGGGAUGGGCAACUUUGAUGGGGGUGGGAGCCACCAACAAUCUGAACUCAUCGCGAGGGGCAGCGGUGGCUCGUGGGCGGAGUGAAGAUUUAGCAAUUUUAUAACUCAUUUUCCUGCAAUUCUACACAUUUUGCCAUGUGGGUGGAGAGAAAUGUUUGCCGUUUUUAAUAUGAUAUCUGAAUGAGAGUGACAAACAAAAUCAAUGGGAGCC